AUGCAGGUAGUUAUUCCACACAUGUUCCGCAAGGAGAUCAUGACAGCGCUUCAUGGCGACAUUUAUUCUGGACAUCUGGGAUUUGACAAAACCUAUAGCAAGAUCAAGACAAGAUUUUUCUGGCCAGGAAUGCACGCUGAUAUUCACAUCAGAUCAUGCAUUCCCUGCAACUCCAGGAAAAUGCAGCACAUACGUUCACCAAUGGGAGAGACACCUCUACCAGGAGGGCCCAUGGACGUCAUAGCGGUUGAUACAUGUCAAUUCCCUCUCACCAAGCGAGGCAACAAAUACCUCAUACACUUCCACUGUCUCUACAGUUCAUGGCCUGAAGUGUUUCCGGUGAAGGACAAAACGGCCGAAACAGUAGCAAACCUUCUCGCUACAGAAAUAUUUCCACGACAUGGUGCACCACGAAUCUUGCUAUCAGACAAUGGACUGAAAUACGAUAACAAGCUUCUCGACAGGCUGACAAAAUUGUUAGGCAUCAACGGCAUAAAGGUCGCUCCAUACCACCCUGCGAGCAACGGAGCAAAUGAGAGAUGGCACCGAGUACUCAACUCUAUGCUAUGA